GGACUCCAUUCCCACUUUCCUAAAACCCUUGGCACACCCCCGUUUCGCACUUCCAGGCCCACUCACACUCCGAUCAGGAAGUCACGUCGGGCAUGAGGUUAAAUCGGAGCUGGCACGUGGCAGGCCCAGAGAUUGUCGAUCAGGACAUGCUCAUCACAUUGAAUGGACACUCGGGGCAUUGCGGGAUGCUGGACUCAAGAUUGCGCUGGAGAAAAGUGAGUUUUUCCUUCCUGGAAAUCUCGUUUCUGGGACGGGAAGACGAAGUCCCCGAUGAUGACGUGGAGAUGAUGAUAAUCCACGUGUGGAGGACGGACACGGAAGGAGAGUUGUUAGGGAUUCUAUUCGGAAAGGUGAGGGACGACCAUUUGGAGCCAAUCACAAGCGAGAUUGUGGUGUUUCUGACGCAGCUCGUUGACGAUCUACCUCUGGAUAUCUUGUCGCACUGUGACGAGCUGGCCACACCGACGGUGCUUACCUGUACGUUGGUGCCACAUCUACUGUGGUCCACGUGUACGGAGCUCGACCGAGACAACUCCUACUACCCCUCCUCGGGCCACUAUCUGGUCAUUGACGUGACCGAUCUCACCUUGUGGGAUCCGAUCACUCGAAGGCUGGAAGCAACAGAAGAGCUAGAUGAAGAGGAGGAAGAGAGAGAGGAGGGGAGCGAAGAAGAAGAAGAAAACUCGGGGGCGGAAUGUGACGACCCCGAUUACCACGAGUCAGAGGAGGGCGAGCUAAAAGAAAGUGAGUCGGGCAGAUUGGGUAGCUCCAGCGAACGGAGUAAGGAAGAAGACAAAGCCGCAACUCAAAGGAGGCGGGAAAAGGCGGAAGGAAAGCGGCUAGUGCAAGAGUCGGACGGACGAGCUUCGUGGCUACUACAAGGUGAUCUGGCGCGCAAUCGAGAGCCACUGCAGGAGGAGCCUGGAGGAGAUGGUGUCACCACCACCGAGGGAUCCAAAAGCAAACGCCGUAGAAGAAGUUCUUCACAGGCUCAAUCCUCUCCACCACCGCAGUCCACCGUUCACAUACGUGGAGAUGUGGGCGCUCGGGCUUCAUCUCUGGUCGUUAUCUCGUUGUCCCCUUAAUUACCUCACCCUCCAUCAGUACGCGGGCUGCCCUCCGUUCCCUUCUAACAGGCAUCCUUUCCCGC